CAAUAUCCGAGGUCUAUGAUGGACAUUAAUUCCGUUGAACCAAAAUUGGCUGUUGAAAUCGUUAAAACGAUUUUAAAGUAUAUUAACGAUCUUCCGCCAAACCUUGAUGAAAAGGAUGUCGAAUUCAUAAAUAUAGGUCGCCAGAUGAUUGAUGCCCUUUUGAUCGGAAAAGGUUGUGGAGGGGUGGGAUGUGUGCCCCACUAUCAGAUUAUUGAAGAGCUAGAGAAUGUAUACGGACAGACCGCUCAGGGAAAUUUCUUGCACGUACAUUGGUCGAUGGAACAUUUUGUCAAUGAAUUAUCACAACGUCGUAAGCGACUCGCGUUUUUGAUGAUACCACCUGACGCUUCCUGGCUGUUAAUAUCGCAAUACAGUCGGCAUCAUGAGUAUGAGGAUGUGACUAGUUUAGAAAGUCAUCGAUCAUUUUUCUGUGAUUAUGAAUUAUUUAUCGAAGAAGGGCAUGUCUCCACUGUUACCUCUAGAUUUCGUGAUAUGCUAUUUCAACGUGCACCAAUCGAAGAGAUUCGAAUGCUAAUGAAGGCGGAGAAAUCUCGGCACUCUAUUGGAACGGAACCACUGUGCAAAGCUUUCUUUUCAAAAGCAUUUUUUUAUAACGUCAAUUACCAAAUUUCGAAUGAAGAAAUUUUAAUACCCGACAAUUUGGACUUCUGGGAGUUAAUUAUUGAACUUGGUGAUCAAUUGUAUGGCUUGGUGACAUCUGAGAAUAUGAAAUAUGAAGAAAUUCUGCGCGAAUUUUAUCAUAUGGUUUAUCCAAAACACGGAGGUCAUUUUAUUGUACACGGACACACCAUUCCUAAAGAUAACACGUUAAUUUGGUUGUUAGUGCAACUAUUUCGUAUCCUUACACCGGCGAAAUCAGAAAACUUUUUUAUUCAUGAUGAAUUUAUGUUCCAUAACUUAAUGCAUUUUCCAGACAUUGAAAAUAUUCAAGAAAAAGUCAUCGCAGAGGAUAUGAAAACUAAUGAAAGUCUGUUUAGUAUGCUCAUUCAAUUGUACAACGAUUCACAGACUAGGUCCAAAGAUGCCUUUUAUUUGCGAGAUUUAUCCUUACAAUGCGCACGAAUGAAUAUUCGUGAUAGAAAUAGCCUUAAACAGCGCCACCCUCAGAUUGUAGCUGCGCUGCAUUACAUGACAACCUUUCAUAGGUUACAGGAACAAUCUGCAAACUAUAAAACAAACAUCACAGACCAUGGACUUUUCCGCGAUUUGCCUAUCCAGGAUAUGGUUAAGGUCGCUAUCUGCAGUCAAUGCUUUAAAAAUACAAUAGCCGAUACAAUAUACGUGUAUUUGGUUCCGGAUCGGCGCAUAGAAAGUGGGAAACUUGGAUUUCCCGAAACAAAAUUUUUGAAAGGUGGAAAUAUUAAUUAUAAACUUUUGGAUUUCAUUAAUAUCCAUAAUAAACACAGACUUUCACAACUUAUAUAUAAGAUGAUGCUUGAUGGAGAAGCCUGGACAAAACUCAAUACCGAUCAUGAGCAAAAUGUGAAUUGUGUGUCACCUUACCUUUUGGACGUCCUUUACAAAAUUGUUUAUAGUUCACCUUGGUCGUUGGAACUGAUGGUCAAGGAAAUAUUAGAGAAACUGAAACGUAUUGAUAAGCAUACCAAAAGUUUUGCCGAAGGGGGGGCUCCCUUAACCGAGACUUCUUUGCGAUGGCAACAUACCAUUCUGCAAAUCUUCAGUCACCGGUUUCUUAGGCUACUAAAAUAUUCUGCAAAGGCAUACGAAUUAUUACAUCAUAUAAAAUACUCAGUAUCUUAUUUGGAUCACCGUCAGACAUAUCAUGACGCCGAAACAUUCGUGAUCCACAUUAUGAUGAUUCAAAAUAAUUCAAAGUUCAUUAAAAGUCUAAUUGAUCCGAGUCGUGAAAAGUCGCAUUGGUUUCCAGAAUCAGAACUAUUGGCGAGAUACGCCAUCUUUACUUUGGCACGUUUGAUAAAAUUAAGGGGUCGGGAUGAUAUUCACGAUAUUGAAAGUAUAUUAACAAGCAUCUAUCCUCAUCAAAUUCAUUGGUCGGUCACGACCCUUGGGUUUUUCCCUGAACCAUUGGGAUCUUACCUUGCUGCACAGCAAUCGGGAAUCGGCGCUAUUCCUUCUGUGGAAAAAGACGUGUCUGCGUCAAUGCAUGUCGGAAAUCUCUGCAAUCUGUUCUUAGAUCAAACUCUUCCUCCUGACGACGAAGAAGUGUUGAAAGAACAUUUUUCUCAGAUAAAUAAUCAACCGAUAUUUUU